GGUGUGUUUUUUUUCUUGUAUAUUUUGUGUGUAAAAGGGAAAGAAAGAGUGAGAAGAUUUUUCCUAAGAAAACAAAAUGGUGGCAUAUUACGACGAUUGUGAUGCCACUCUCAAUCCCAAAACCCUAACCGAUUGGGUGCGCAAUUUUCGCCUAAAACGUGUACAAAUGCGACGUAAAUUAAGAGGCGCUGGCAGUGAUCUGCGUGUAAAUGCAAUAUUAUCAACCGCUCUGCUGCAGGCUGAGCUUGAGCUACGGAGAAAGCAACAAGAACGCUUUAAUCGUUGGCUUGAUAUGCAAACAAAAUUUGUGCCACAUGGUAAAACGCAUUGUGGAAGCGAUGCUGCUGAGAGCAUCAGCAACAGAAUGGAAUCCGAGCCAGAGGCGGCAGCGGAGUGUGAAAGGCGUGAAAUUGAAAGUGAUUUGUGGAGGAGUGAACUGAGUGGCCUCGAUAGUUUCAUGCGCAGUUUGAGUGGCAACAGCAGCAAUAAUAACAGCACCAACAACAACAACCAGCACCACCACCAUGCUCCUCAUCAUCACAUCCACAAUGGAAGCAACAGCAAUAACGGAACCAGCAGCAACGCCAUUACAGUGAACAGUUAAACAAAAAACAAAAAAAGAAAGAAAGAGUCAGAUAUAUGCUGCUCUGAUACACAGGCACUAUGUGAUAUGUGUGUGUGAGAAAGGAAGAAGUGACAGCAGAAAGAAAAAGAGAGAAGCAAACACUGUAUUUAAGUUUCAGCUAAAUGACGAAAUAUUUUCACAUUUUUAAUAUUUUUGUUGUACAUAUAUUUUUGUUAAAUUAGUUUUAUUACGAAAAAACCCAUUUCUCAUUUGCAGUCGCAAACAUAGAUUAUAAAA